UUGGCCUUCAAGAAAAGAGCUCCUGUCAACAUUACAAGAGAACAUGACAGGCGUGAGAGCCGAGACGGAGCUGGCAAGGAGGUGGAUGGUGUUGAGCGAAGAGGCGGCCAUGGAGGGCAACCUGAGCGGAGACGGCAGCGAGCCCCUUGCUAAGGCUACUGAGAAUAAUUUGAUGCCAGGUGCGGUGCAGCAAAGCCGGCAUGAGCUCCAUUGGGCGGCCAGGAACGGGAACACGCACAGGGUCAAGCAAUUGUUGAAGCAAGGAGCAGCUACGGAAAGCAGAGAUGAGAAUGGGUGGACGCUGUUACACGCCGCCUCCUUGAACGGCUACGCCAUCUUGGUGAAGUUUCUCAUCCAACGUGGCGCUCUGGUCAGUGCGGGCAACGACGUGGGCUACACACCCCUGCAUCAUGCCGCUUGGAGUGGCCACACUCAAGUGGCGGAGAUCCUCGUGGCUCGGGGGGCCCCCGUAAUGGCAUCGACUGGAAAAGGCCUGACCCCACUUCACCACGCGGCAGCCAAUGGACACACCCUGAUGACGCAGCUCCUCUUGCGGCGGGGGGCGGACCCCGCUGGCGUGGACUGCAACCAAUGGGCGGCCUUGCAUUGGGCCACAGCCAACAACCAGCUGCAUAUUAUGGACUUGCUGACUUCCCAGGGCGUCAGCCCCAAUCUAGGGAGCAAGGGGGGCAUUACACCAUUACAUAUCGCAGCAGAGCUGGGACGAACCCGCACUCUGCGUCUCUUGCUUGCCCAGGGCGCUGACGUGAACGUUCAGGACGGCCUGGGAAGGACAGCGCUUUCCAUCGCUUCCAACAACGGCAGCUACGAGAUUGUGAAGCAACUGCUCCAAAGCCAAGCCGAGGUCAACCUGGCUGACCGCUACGGCUGCACCGCGCUGCACAAGGCCGCGACGGCGGGACACCUGCUCACCGUCCAGCUCUUGGUCGAAGGAGGGGCUGCCGGCGUUAACGGCAGGGACAGCCUCGGUCUGACUCCUCUCCACAGAGCUGCGAACUGUGGCCACGGCCACGUAGCCGGCUACCUCCUGGAGCGAGGAGCCGAGGUCAACGCAGCUGGCUGGCUAGCCAAAACUCCGUUGCACCUAGCCGCGGAAAAAAGACACGUCGCCUUGAUGGAACUUUUGUUGGCAAACGGGGCCAAUCGCAAGCUGAGGACUCGGUGGAAGGAAACGGCUAAGGAGCUGGCAUCGGAGGCUUCAAUUUCUGGGCCGCCUCAGACUCACCUCACCUUUACCUCCACUGUCUCCUGA